GUAUACUUCAUUUCCCUUUGUUCUCCGAGUGCAUACUUGAAUGUGGUGGAUAACAAUACAUCACCGCUUUCAUCUUGUGUACUUGGGGACUUAGGCGAAAUGCUGCCGAAAUUUUGUCAAAUUUAGAAAAGACAAUUAACUUGUAGUAUUCAAUCUACUAUAAAAAAAAUUACUUCCUGAAUGGGAUAGGGCCACACCUUUACUUAGAAAAGUGAGAUGUCGCAUGCAUGUUACAUAACUUCAUAAGGUUGUGCAGCAAACGGACAACAUGGAUCGAAGUUGGAUGAGAGCAUCACGCAUCACUGCUGAUUAUGGGACUGGGGUGGAACAGUUUCUCCAAUUUACCGAAAUGCAUGCCCCCUCCUUGCACGGCAAAUAUUUUUGUCCAUGUGUAAAAUGUGCAAAUGGUAGACACCAGACGCUAAGUGAAAUAAGAUCACAUCUAAUAUGUCACGAGAAGAUUCCAAAUUACACAAACUGGAUAUGGCAUGGGGAAUUGCCAGACAAUCCAACAUUGUCUCACACUGAGGCAAUCGAUGUAGAUACGGGUUGUCGUAUAGAAGAAAUGAUUCGCGACCUAGGGCAGGAUGGUUUUCGACAAGCACAUGCUCCUUUGUAUGACAAAAUAGAGAAUGAUUCAAAGACUCCUUUGUAUUCUGGGUGCACAACAUUCACAAGAUUGUCUGCGGUCUUAGCUUUAGUCAACUUGAAGGCACGAUUUGGCUGGAGUGACAAGAGCUUUACUGAAUUGCUAGUGUUAUUGAAAAAGUUGCUUCCUGAAGAUAACACGUUGCCAAAGAGUCAAUACGAGGCGAAGAAGAUCUUAUGUCCAGUGGGAAUGGAGUACCAGAAAAUCCAUGCAUGCCCAAAUGAUUGCAUAUUGUAUAGAAAUGAGUAUGCAAAAAUGCGCACAUGCCCAACAUGUGGUGUAUCCCGCUACAAGGUCAAAAACCAUGAAGAGAGUGAUGUUGCAACCGCAGAGAACAGUCAUCCAGCAAAGGUUUGUUGGUAUCUUCCAAUAAUACCAAGGUUUAGGCAAUUGUUUGCUAAUAGAUAUGAUGCAAAACAGUUGAUGUGGCAUGUUGAAGGCAGAAAAAUUGAUGGAUUGCUCCAACAUCCGGCUGAUAGUCCGCAAUGGAAGGCAUUCGAUGCUUUGUAUCCUGAUUUUGGGAAUGAGACCAGAAAUCUAAGGCUUGGUCUUGCCUUCGAUGGAAUGAACCCUUUUGGUAACUUAAGCACCAGUCACAGUUCAUGGCCUGUUUUGUUGAUGAUUUAUAACUAUGUUAUGUUAUAUUCGUAAUAAUGAGCAUAGCUACAUUUGGAAAUGGACUACUCUAGUUUUAGAAAUGGACUAUGUUAUGUUAUAUUCGUUUAAGAUUUAUCAGUUUUGGACGUGGCAUGGUAAUAUGCUUCCACUUUUUAUGAACAAUUUGCCUAUACUUCCUUUUGCAAACACCACCUACAUUACUGAAAUAUCUACUCAAAUUAACAGAUAUAUAUUACCAUAUUUCAAGUUCAUAAAAACAGCAAACCAAAAAAGUCAUGAUAAAGCAAUCAUAUACUUCUUGCAUUUCUCCAAUGAUGACAGCUUUAUUGAGUCUAGUUUAGUUUUACGUAUUAAAUUUGUUGUACUAAUACUUGAUGUGAGCCUCACUUGGAUUUUUUCUUUGUAGGGAGGUGAUAACGACAAGCGCAGAGAGACACUUGACAAGGAAGAUAAAUUAAAAAAGGGAAAAUUGAAUGAGAAAAGAGAUGUCAAUUGGUUGUGCUUGUGCGUGAGCUGAUGAAAGUUGUGUUCAUUAACAGAUAUAUACAUUUGUAACUAGGGCCACAUAUUUUGUAGCUUCAGAUAGAAUAGUUGCCUUUAACGGUUCUGUUUAAGCACAUUGGAAGAGUUAAAGAGGCCACUACAGAUGAUGUUAUUCAUGAAAAAGGCUAUAAACUUCACAAAAGAUUGAUUGACAGUGUCUGGUAAUCUACAUGAGAUCCUAAGGUACACCAAAAGCAUUGUCUACUACUGCAACUACUUUGAAGUGUUGGUGAUUCCUAAAUCAUGAGUUGUCGUCUGAACCUCUGGGGGUGGAGAGGGUAGCAUUAAAAUUCCGGGUAGCGGAGAAGCCAUUUCCUGCUGAUGCUCAGGGGAAACAGUCAUGUUCACGCGAUCCCAUCUCGAAGAACAAUCAGUCACAACCUGUUCCUGUGCCUCACUUGAAUUAUUGAUCUUUUUGUUAAAAAUAUGUUUUGCAUGUGUAAUCACCUUUUCCCACACUUUAUGAUCACUUGGUGUGUCAUUGCCUUCUGGUGCCACUGCUUGACAUUGGUGACAGGAUUUUACUAGAGACUGGAUGGCUGAUAGUAGCACACAAAUGGUGGAAGUGGCACCUGAGAUGACAUAUAGAAUCCAUAAACUUCUCAGCUUCAAACUGUCCGUAUCAUCGGAGGUCACGUUGGAGCAUGAUGCCGGUGAGGUAAUCAACCACUUCUCUUCCAAUCUCUUCAGCUCUGCUUUUUCUGAGAGAUGUAAUAUAGCUUUUGACACGUCUCUGGCCACUGGCGAGCCUUUCUGGAACAUCUGCAUUAGAUUAUUUGAAAAUUUUCUGUCAUAACUUAAUGAGUAAUACUAAACUCCAUAAACAUUUUGUAUUCAUCCAUCCGAGUAAGUAUGUAAAACUAUGUCAACAAAAUCUAUAGCAAAAUUGUCUGAUUCCCUAACAUUGUAUUUGUUGA